GGUGAGUGUACACACUACAUCGUGGGGAGUGUAAGACAGAGGUGGCAUUCAGCGUGGCCUGCAGUAUCACACACGGUGGUAGACAUUUGAAAUGGCCUCUUGUCAUGCUACAGUGGUCUUUCUAGUGAUGUCAUUCGUGUGCCGAUUAUGGGUAACUGCGCAUGCCCAGUUGUGGUGGGAUGACGACGAAAUAUCUUUAGAUGACCUCGUAGAUACCGGAUUCCCAAUCAAACGGCCACGUUACGACAGCCAUCGAGAUGCCAGUAACAUAGUGCAUUAUAAAACUAUUAAUGAUGACUAUGAAUCGGAAAAAAUGCAUGUUGUCAAUGACAACGCUGACGUCACCAGCAAUGGCGACGACUCUACGACUGAGACUAUGGUAGAUAAAACGACGCCUUUCCUGCAGAUAGAUUCAUCCGACAAUGACAGAGUGAGCUAUGGUUUGUCACAACAGGUUUCUUCGAAUCAUGUUAUUUCAAAGCCUGAUUCCAUUAUUUCUACAAAAAAUACCGUUUCACAGACUGAUUCAAAGGAAACGGACGAAUCGGGUGACUCUAACAAACUUAAACAGAACCCAACAGUAAAUAAUAAAGAAAGUCAGGAUACCCAAAAAAGUACAGCUUCAAAAAACACCGUUUCAGAGACUGAUUCUAAAGAAAAGGAUGACCAUACCGAUCCUAACACACAAACAAAAACAGGAAAUUCAGAGGGAAAUAAAAAUAACCUCGAAAGCACAGCCUCAAAAAACACCGUUUCAGAGACUGAUUCUAAAGAAAAUGAUGACCAUACCGAUCCUAACACACAAACAAAAACAGGAAAUUCAGAGGGAAAUAAAAAUAACCUCGAAAGCACAGCCUCAAAAAACACCGUUUCACAGUCUGAUUCCAAAGAAAGGGAUGACCCAGCCGAUCCUAACACACAUACACAAACGGAAAAUGCAGAGGGGAAAACAGAAACCCUAAAAAGUGCAGAUUCAAAAAAUAUCGUUUCACAGACUGAUUCCAACGAAACGGACGACCCGGCUGACCCAUACGAACAUUCACAAACGGAAAAUGAAGUGGUAAAAAUAGAAACACGCAAAAGUUCAGCCUCAAAAAAAACCGUUUCACAACCUGAUUCCAAAGAAAAGGACGACUCAGCCGAUCCUAACACACAUACACAAACAGGAAAUACAGGGGGAAGUAAAGAACAUAAAGUCUCAGAAUAUGUCCCUCCACAACCUGAUUCUAAAGAAGCAGAUGAUUCUUUUGAACACACAACACCAACAACGGUGACAUCAUUAGACAAGCCAGAGGAAAAGGACGAUUCUUCUCAAGAGCGUGUUCCGAAAUCUGCAAAUCCAUCUGAGGAUUCUGAGGAUUCGUCAGAGAACUCAUCGCCUUCAGCACCAGACAAUUCUGGUGAAAGUGACGAUUCCUCGACGCAGGUUCCUUCCUCUUCUUCGUCCUCGUCUUCCUCUUCUUCGUCUUCCUCUUCUUCGUCUUCCUCUUCUUCGUCCUCGUCUUCCUCUUCCUCCGAAAGUUCAGACGAUUCUGGCAUAGCAACGAAACGCACAACUCCUGUUUAUUUUGUUCCAAGAAGAACUCCUAAAACAUCAGAGAAACCCUUACAAAGGACGACACCGACACCAAUACCUUCAAGGGGGAGCUCUGAGGAAACAGAGGAAACUUCACCAGGGUCAACGCCUACGCCGGUACCUUUAACAAGAGGCACCUCACCAAUGACUUUUACUUCUCAUCCGAUAUUCAGAUGUCCCCUUGUGAUGGAUAUUAUAGUUGUAAUUCACGGUUCAAAUACUAUCACGCCGCUAAAUUUCACGGACAUCAAAUGCGGUGUUAUCAACUUCAUUGAAUCUAUGACGUCACCACGUUAUCCAGCCAAUACACACAUCGGUUUCAUUCAAUACAGCGACGCCACCAAUGUUGAGAAACGUACCAUUUCUGCAGACAAAGAUGGACUCAAGGUGUUUAUCUACGAGACCAAGACAACUGGCGUCGGUACACGGACAGACCUAGGCUUGCUUGAGAUGAACCGGAUGUUUGCGUCUAACUUUCGGCCCGGUGUACGACGGGUUGGUUUGAUCGUGACGUACGGCCUAUCACCUUCCCCUGUUAGUGUUGCCCAGCAAGCGUUCCUGGCUAGGCGAGAGGGCAUUGAUAUGUUCGCUGUGGGCAUCACUGGUAAUACGAGGAUGUACGAACUGAACGUUAUGACGGGCGCUAUUGGCCGCCACCAUGUCUAUUACAUGUCUCGUUUCGACGAAUUCAAAGAUUUUGUUAGAGAUCGAUUGGUAUAUGACGUUUGUGUUGCACCUACUAUGACUUCUCCUCAGCCAAUUACACAUCCAACCCCGCGUCCCACUCCGCGACAAACUCCACGACCAACCAUGCGUCCAACACCAAGACCAACUCCACGUCUCACACCUAGACCAACACCUCGUCAAACUCCGAUGCCAAUCCCAUUGUUUACUCCUCGACCAACACCAAGACCAACUCGACGUCCCACACCUAGACCAAUCCCUCGUCAAACUCCUAGGCCAAUCCCAUGGUUAACUCUUCGACCAACACCACGUCCAACUCCAAUACUGACUCCUAAACCAACGCCUCGUUACACCCCCAGACCAACUCCUAGACCAACUCCACUCCAAACCCCAAGACCAACUCCACGUCUAACCCCAAAACCAACUCCUAGACCAACUCCACUUAAAACCCCAAGACCAACUCCUGGACCAACACCUAGCCACACACCCAAACCAACGCCACGACUUACUCCUCGACCAACUCCACAUCCCACUCCUAGACCAACCCCUAAACCAACUCCUCGAUACACACCCAGACCAAUGCCACUACUUACUCCUCGACCAACUCCACAUCCCACUCCUAGACCAACUCCUAAACCAACUCUUCGACACACACCAAGACCAACUCCUAGACCAACUCCUAAACCAACUCCACGACUUACUCCUCGACCAUCUCCAUAUCCAACCCCUAGACCAACUCCUAAACAAACUCCCCGACCUACUCCACGCCCUACCCCUAUACAAGCCCUACGACCAGCUUCACAACCAACUCCACGCCUUACUCCCCGACCUACUCCACGCCCUACCCCUAGACAAACUCCACGACCAACUCCCCGACCUACUCCACGCCCUACCCCUAGACAAACACCACGACCAACUCCACGACCAACUCCACGCCCUACUCCCCGACCUACUCCACGCCCUACCCCUAGACAAACUCCACGACCAACUCCCCGACCUACUCCACGCCCUACCCCUAGACAAACCCCACGACCAACUCAACGACCAACUCCCCGACCUACUCCACGCCCUACUCCUAGACUAACCCCACGACCAACUCCACGACCAACUCCACGCCCUACACCAAAACCAACUCCCCGACCAACUCCACGCCCUACACCAAGACCAACUCCCCGACCAACUCCACGCCCUACUCCAAGGCCAACUAAACCUCCAUUAUGGACUUGGUUUUGGAAAACAAGAGGUACUACGAAACGCCCGCCCAUCACUACAACUCCAACACCGAAAACCACCACAACCUUGCCUGCUACUACUACUAGAAGGUUCACUACAACCACUGGGGUCCUAGAGACGCCUCCUCCAGGCUUCAAUCCCUGCCUCGGAUGUAAGAUGGUAAACGGUGCCGGCUUCAACCCUCAUCCUACUGACUGUAGUAAAUACGUCCAGUGUUUCUUCACUGGGAAAAACGUCACUGCCUUUUAUAAGAAUUGUCCUGUCGGCCAAUUCUGGAGCCAAGAGGAACUCACGUGUGACUAUGCCGUCCGAGUCAAUUGUAUUCAUGAUAUGUGUCAUAACUUGCUGGUACAUCGCUAUGCCAACAACGCCCACUGCCAGGCCUACUGGUUUUGUGAAGAUGGACAUGCAAUACAGCGCUGUUGUCCCCCUGGUUAUGCCUACAAGGCCAGUGACGGGUGCGUCAGAGACCGGACCUGCCCCCCUACGUGCACCUGGUCCUACACUCCCCCGAAGAAAACAGUCUGUCAGGAUAAGGCUUUGCCUGGUAACGCGGCUUUCUAUCAAAGAAACGUCGAAGGUCACGGCUUGAUGACUUUGCCUUGUGCUCCCGGGACUAACUUUGACAUCAAGGAAUGCAGAUGUUCCGAGUUCUCCGCAAGUCUCAGCAACAAAGAUACAGAUUGUAAAGCAGAAGUGAUUUUAGAUUUCGAUAAGGAUGUCCAGGACACUUCCGGGAAUUAUUUGUGGGUUACCAAUAAGGGAGUGAAAGUGGAAAACGGAAAAGCUAUAUUUGAUGGCAAGUCCGAACUAUUAAUUCAGCGAUUUACAAAUGAUGACUUUGGACAUACAUUUACUGUGCGUAUUCGCUACCGAGAAAAGGAGGGCUCACCUCAUUCCAAUUCCGCACUAAUAAGCAACGGUGAUUGCGGGAGAGAUGGAUCUAUCGUCAUAGCAACAGAUCCAAUCGGCAUCCGGUUUGGUGUCGACACGGAUAGAACACGAGAUAUGUACAGUUUUAGAAUAAAGAAACCGAAAACGGAUUGGAAGAUGGUCGAGUUAAAGCUAGCCGAUGGAAAGCUCCAAGGUCGAGCGAACGAGAGAGUAUUUACGAGGACUGUACCAGGUCUUAUUGAGAGGCGAGCUUGUGCAAUACAGAUCGGGCAUGGAUGGGGCCUAAAUAAUUUCAUAGGAGAAAUGGACAACCUGGAGAUAUACAAAUGCAAGCCAAUGAGUGUAUACCGUCCAUGAUACAAGGGAUGACGUCAGACCAUACGUCACUUUAACACGUGCUUGUAUAGAAUACAAGGGGUGACGUCAGACCAUACGUCACUUUAACACGUGCUUGUAUAGAAUACAAGGGGUGACGUCAGACCAUACGUCACUUUAAUACGUGCUUAUAUAGAAUACAAGGGGCGACAUCAGACCAUACGUCACUUUAUCACGUGUUUAUAUAGAAUACAAGGGGUGACAUCAUACCAUACGUCACUUUAACACGUGCUUAUAUGGAAUACAAGGGGUGACGUCAGUCAUACGUCACUUUAACACGUGCUUAUAUAGUUAUGUAUGACGUCGGAUACCAAAUAUAAGUAUACAAGAAAUCCAACUGUUUAAGUAAUUAUGUUGUAAAAAUGAAUCCAGUGAUGAAUGUGUGAUAAUUAUAUUUCAUUGAUCAACUGCUCACGCGCGGGAUGUUGUCGUGGUAACAAUGUAAUAUUCAUUAUGGCAGGGAGGUGUGUGUGAUAUGAUCUUACUCAGAAAAGCAUUAUUACAGUAUUGUGUGUAGGUGUGAUUAUUGUUCUUACGUUUACAUUGUACUUAUAUGUUAGGCAUUGAAUAUGGUAAUGUUCUGAUGUGGGUGUUCUAAGACCUUUCUAGGAUUAAUUAGAACAUUCACUUACUACCUUAGUCAUGUGUAUGUGUGUGUAAGCGUGUUUCAAGAGUCCAAAUUACAACUAUAAUAACAGUUAAUUUGAAGAAAUAUAUGUCUUUACUCAGUCGUGUGAUUUCAUGGAGAUAACCACUCUAAAUUACAUACCUUUAAAUGGAGCAGUUUCAUUCAGUAGUACGGUAACUGUCUGUCACUACUAUUCACUGAAAAGCUGUUAUAUUUCGCAGAAAAUUAUUUCUCUCUUUAUUCGUGGAUUGAAUAAUAAGCUAAAUAAUUGGCUGUUGGUGACAUUAACAUCCCCCGAAUAUGUUCCAGGAAUACAUUUGGAUUCGCUAGGAGUUUAUUUUACAAGAGUCUGCAACGAACAACAAACUCCAAAAUAUAACGAAAAUGUAUUAAUCAUUUCAAUUUAAGACAAGUAAUUCAUCUAGUUUUGUACAGCUUGCCGAAGUAAAGUCCUCGCGAAUAAAAAAAAAAUGUUUUUGCGACAGUUGCACAUUGACAGUUACUAAGUUAGUAAGUGAUAAACAGAUUAACUAGACCAUAAAGUAUUUAAUGUGUAAUACUGUACAAUGUACGCGGUAUCAUGGUAAUAUCUUCUGUAACUGUGUUAUAUAGUUGUACAUAAAGCCUUAUGUAUCUAUUAAUGAAUAAAAGAACGUAUAUAACAUUCAUGUUGCUGUUUAU